CUGUCAUGAAGGGAUUCUGACAAACCCUCAGUGGGUGUGCUUAUAGCUGACUGACGUGACAUGGGAUGCGGAGUCACAAAAUCAAACCAACUGCAGCUGAAACCCUGCGAUCGAGGAAACAUCUCAGUUCCAGCAAUGCGAGCAGCUCUGCUCAUCCAGCGUUGGUAUCGUCAGUAUGUGGCGCGGCUGGAGAUGAGACGCCGCUGCACGUGGAACAUCUUUCAGUCAAUAGAGUAUUCUGGACAACAGGAUCAUAUAAAGGUAAAACAACAUAGAUCCUCUACUCAGAUAUGUGUAUUCAGGAGUAAUGAAGCACAGAGGCCUGUAAUUGUGCUAAAAGUCUUGUUAAUGUUUCUGCCUCUCUUGGAUGUGUUUCUGCAGCUGUAUAAUUUCUUCGGUUACCUGAUGGAUCAUUUCAGUUCUGCCAACAGUCAAAGGGAUCUGGUUUCUCAGAUGUUUGGUGAGAGUGAGGCGUUUCAGGACACGGAGUGGGAGAGACACUUCUGUUAUAAAGACAUUGAGGUUCCAGACGACUACACCGGCCCACAUCUCUCCUUCCCUCUGAGCAUCUCUAACGUCACGGAGCUGGUGCACGCCUUCAGAAACAAAAAAAAGCUUCAUGCACGUUAUGUGCUGCAGCUGCUGGGAAAGACCUGGACACUCCUGCGCUUGAUGCCCAAUAUCAGUCAUGUGGGCACCUGCAGACACAAGGAGAUCACCAUCUGUGGCGACUUGCACGGCCAUCUUGAGGAUCUGCUGUUGAUCUUUUACAAAAACGGUUUUCCUUCGGCGGAGACGCCGUAUGUCUUCAAUGGUGAUUUCGUAGACAGAGGAAAAGAGUCUAUAGAGAUCCUGCUGGUUCUGUUUGCAUUCCUGUUGCUGUAUCCCCACGAUGUGCAUCUGAACAGAGGAAACCACGAGGACCACAUCAUUAACCUGAGAUACGGCUUCACUAAGGAAGUUCUGGGGAAAUAUCAGGUUCAUGGGAAAACAAUUCUUAAACUUCUGCAGAAGAUCUUCAGCUGGUUGCCGCUUGCCACAGUGAUUGACCAGAAAGUUCUGAUUCUACACGGAGGAAUUUCUGACAAGACGGACUUGAAUGUGAUCGCCAAACUGGACCGUCACAGGUUCGUUUCAGCCCUCAGGCCCCUGAAGAAGAGAGGAGCGUCAACGAGGCUGAAGGAAGCGGGUCUCAGCGCAGACGGAGACGAGGAGUUCAGCACGGCUCGCAGGAGAGUUCAGUCUCUGAGUCACAGCACACCGCUGCGUCUCCGACAGGAGCUUCCACGCCACUCUGUUCACUCCGUCGAGGAGGAGCUGCGGGAGAGACGGCGCCUGGCCGGCCUCUGUCUGUCGUCUGACUCAGAUCCUGCUGAGGUUCUGGAGACGGACGCAGAUGAAUGGAAGCAGAUAGUGGAUAUUCUGUGGAGUGACCCGAUGUCUCAGAACGGUUGUGUCCCUAACGAGGUUCGAGGAGGCGGGUGUUACUGGGGGCCGGACGUCACACAGGAAGUGCUGGACAGACACAAACUGCAGCUGCUCAUCAGAUCUCACGAGUGCAAACAGGAAGGCUAUGAAUUCUGUCACAACAGCAGGGUUUUGACAAUAUUUUCAGCCUCUAAUUACUAUGACGUUGGCAGUAACAGAGGCGCUUACAUUCGCCUGGGUCCCGACCUCAUUCCUCACUUCAAACUGUUUCAGGCUAGCAGAUCGACACGAGAGCUCACACUCAGACAGAGUGUUGGACGAACAGAACGUUCUGCAUUACAGGCUCUGAGGAUGCAGUUGUUCGCACACAAAUCUGCCCUGAUCCGAGAGUUUCAGGAAUGCGACCCACAGCGCACAGGUCUGAUCUCUGUGAAGCACUGGGCCGCAGCUGUGGAGAAGGUCCUGCGUCUGGCUCUGCCCUGGAGAGUUCUGAGGUCUCAGCUGGUGACCGGCAGCAGUCAGGAAGGGACGCUAAACUAUCACGACUGGGUCAACCAGCUCUCUGUCAUCCAGCCCAACACGGAGAUUGCGAACACGAGCCUCCUGGAGACCCUCUACAAGCAUCAUUCGAACCUGGAGAGCAUCUUCAGAAUGAUCGACACUGACCACUCAGGUUUGAUCUCAUUCGAGGAGUUUCGACAGACGUGGAAGCUGCUGAGCUCUCAUCUUCAGACAGACAUCAGUGAUAAAGCCAUCUCGGAUCUGGCUGAGAGCAUCGACUUCAACAAGGACGGCAGCAUCGACAUCAACGAGUUCAUGGAGGCCUUUCGUCUGGUGGAGCAUUCCAGAGCUGAGAUGGAAGCGCCGCCAUCGUCCGAAUGAGCGAACGAACACAAACUACACACUCUAGACCUGACUGAAAACACGUCUGCAAAGCUACUUCCAUCCCAAGAUGCAAAAAAAAUGGAAUAUCACAUAAAACAUUUGUGAAUAAAGCACUGUUUCUAAGCAAACCGCCACCGAAUACCACCAAAAAGACCACAAAUGAAAGAAGCCACUAAACAUAAUUUCCAUAUAUAAAGAAAUUAAGAGUGAGCAGACGGAAUGAGGUUAAUACUUUCGGAGGUGGAUGCCACUGUUGUGUAAUUAUACAGAAAUACUUUGAAGACAGAAUGUUCCAAACAACAUUUCAGAUGCUGUGUAGAAAGAUCAGUGCACAAGUUAAUCAGGUUAUUCCAUUCCAUCGUGCAAAGUCAUGUGACUUUUCUUUUUUUUAAAUGCGAU